AGCGUGGCGGCCCCGCCCCGUCUCCUGGACCAGCCGCGGCCGCCAGCGCCGCCGCAGCCGCAGGGACCGGCGGACGCAGCAAAGGCGUGCGGUGCGGGGCCGGAAGUUCCCUCAGAAAAACCGCACAUCUCCCCGGUCCACCAUGGCAGACGAAAUUGAUUUCACUACUGGAGAUGCAGGGGCUUCCAGCACUUAUCCUAUGCAGUGCUCAGCCCUGCGCAAAAACGGCUUCGUCGUGCUCAAAGGGCGACCAUGCAAAAUCGUGGAGAUGUCAACUUCCAAGACUGGGAAGCAUGGUCAUGCCAAGGUACACCUUGUUGGAAUUGACAUUUUCACAGGCAAAAAAUAUGAAGACAUUUGUCCCUCUACUCACAACAUGGAUGUUCCAAAUAUUAAGAGAAACGAUUAUCAACUCAUAUGCAUUCAGGAUGGUUACCUUUCCCUGCUGACAGAAACUGGCGAAGUCCGUGAGGAUCUCAAGCUGCCAGAAGGUGAACUGGGCAAAGAAAUAGAGGGGAAAUACAAUGCAGGUGAAGAUGUGCAGGUGUCUGUCAUGUGUGCCAUGAGUGAAGAAUAUGCUGUAGCCAUAAAGCCCUGCAAAUAGACAAGCCCUGCAAAUGGACCAUCAGCAUAAGCAGGUCCAUUGGUCUGGAUCUAGUUGCCCCAAAGCUAUGGCCUUCAUAAGAAACCUCAUGUUUGUUGUUAUGUUUUUAUUGUUUUAAAAAAGUGCUGGCUUAGGUUUGCAGGCAGUUAGUAAGUUUAAACAAAUAUACCAAAAUGUAUAAUUUUAUAAGUAUCUGUCCUAUAACACUACUGUGGUUUUCAUCAUGUGACCAUAAGAAACAAAUACAACAGCUUCAGUAAAUGUCACUUUUCUGAGCAAAUCACUCCUGAUCUUAAGUGGUUAACAAACCAGGGUUUUAAAUCAGCAAUGUAGCAUGUAGGCGAAUGGAAGUAUCAUGUAUUUCAGUUGAAUUGCUUUGUGCUGAUUUCAGACUUUAUAUCUAGCAUUCAUAGACUAUAAGAUGGUCUGUGUGGCAGACACACACCUUGAAAUGAAACUCUAGUUAUCAAACAGUGUCAUUCUCUUGGUGGUCAGAUGUCCCAUAUUAUCUUCAUCAUGUUUAUCUGUGCUGUGUUGAUGAUGUCAGCAAUGAUACAUAGUAGUUUCAGUUGACAGAGGAAAGGGAACUGCUGCGUAAGUCUGAGCUAGUCCACCAAGCAGUGGAGAUUCACAGGGGCAGAGGCAAAGUGCUGGUUAUCGCUGUAGAGUUGACUCAAGACCUUUCAACCAGCACACAAAGUGACGGAGCUCUGGUUGUAUUUUUGCUUUUGGCUAUGUCCCCAGCCUCUGCCUCUGCACAGGAGUGACCUUUGCAGAGAAGCUCACUACUUCCAGCCAUAAUGCCUAAGUGAUCAUGAUGUUGCCCUCCCGGCAAUUGUUUUUAAGUAGUUUGUUUUUGACAUUAGACUAAAAAUGGGAAUUUUAAAGUUGCUUUGAAAUUCUUGACUUUAAAUUGAUUUGUUAAGUAUAUGUACACUUUCCUAAAGUGUAAUAGGUGUAAACCAUGGAAGAAAGGUUACCUUAUUUGAAAAUUAUUUUAAGUGUGUAUAUACUUUUAUUCUUUUGUGACUUAGUUCUUUUACCGAUGUAAAAUACAACUAGGAAAGGAUUCUGUGGCCUGGAUUAUUUUACUGCAUUGUAGAUAAUGCCCCUCCAUUUUUGUUUAGACUUCUGGAUCGUGUGUAAAUUGUGUCUAAAAUUGUAGACAUAGUUGUGGGCCUGAGAGGAACAGGUAAAAUCACAAUCAUGGCCUUGAAGUGCAGCUUUGAACAGAAUCCCUCUCAGUCCCACCUUGAUUCUCUGAUGCUGGCUCUCGGGUUCCUUUCCUCAUGUCUGGACCCUUUGUCCCCAUCUAGAAAAAAAUGUGUGACAAUGUAACUCACCUAAUCAGCAACUUGAAGUAGCUUUACAAAUGGAAGAUCCCAAGAUUUUAGUUCCUUAAGUUGUAUGCAGUUUUAAAUCUUGUCUUGUUAUCAAAAGGUAUCAUUCUCUUUUUGAUAACAAGAUAAACCAAUCCAGAGCUGAAGCAAGAUACCCUAAGAGACGUGCCAGGAAGAGAUGUCUAAAGCACAAGAAUAUUGACGUUGUAGCCAGUUGACUUUAGUGUGACCCUUUAGCUUCUGCCCAUGCAAAGCACAAUUAGGAAUUGGGCUCAAUUUUUCCCAGGUAUCUGCUCUAUGCUGCUUUCAAUUCCUGCUGCUGGGUGUUCCUUGGUAGGACUGAUUGACAUGUUAGCCCCAGGAAUUCCAGGAAGUGAUUUCUUUCUGCUGUCUUCUGGUCAUUGUCUUGCCAAUAAGUAGCCACACUGGUGUUUUGAUUUCAUAUUUCUUUAGGAGUUGCAUGCUCUUAUCCUUCCUAACUUAUCAAAUUUCACAUGCAUCUCUAUUUUUCAUUGUAGUAUAUGCAUAUAAAUUAGAGCAGUGUACCUCUAGCUCCGUACCUUGAAUGGCAAAAACUACUUAGGCCUAAGUAUUUCAUUUUAAAUAAUAUAUAAGUGUACAUACUCCAACAUGUAACUAUAGAUUUUAAAGAUACAGGACUGUUUAUUUUCACAUAAGUCAGUAGAUGUUUCUCUUAAAGCAAAAUGUUUCAUUUAGUAAAGCUUUAUCAAUUAUAUUAAAGGGAAGCAGGGAUCAUGUAUUUUUUAACAGAAAACAGAAAUUACUUCUUUUGACAUCAGAAAAAUGCUACCAGCUGAUUCCUAAUAUUUGUUGUACUUGUAGCAGAUCUCCGGCCUCACAGGCACCAUGUCGAGAAUGGAAUUCGUUCUGACGUCACCGCCAUCUGCGUCUGUACGCAUUUCUUUCUUUCUUUCUUUGCCAUGUAGGCAGUAUUAACAGGUUGAACGUUUUUGUUCUAGAAUAACAGCUUAAUUUCUAUUGUGAAGAUUUUGCCACACUGAUACAAUUGUGUGUCCUCUGACGUAGAUCAGACCCUUUUGGCUUUGACUUGGCCUUUGCAUCCUUGAUGCCCUCUGAGGGGCUGCCAGUCACUUGAAGUGGACCAAGCGCUUGACUCUGUUCCCCUCCAUAGUACAGAUUUCUAUACCAGUGCUUUUAUAUCAGUGACCAAAAUACUUGCAGCCAGAUGUGAUAUCUUCAAGAGAACACACUGCAAUGCAAUGUUUAGAGAAGUUGGGGAUGCAUGCUUUUCAUUAGCGCAUAGUGUGUGUGUGUGUAUAAAUACACACAGCUUUGUUCAUUUCAUUAGCGCACAGUGUGAGUGUGUAUACAGAUACACAUAGCUUUGUUCAUUUCUCAAGUCCUUCCAACUACUAAAUGUACUGUAGUCUGGUAGUGCCUCAAAUGUUAGUUUGAUAUUCAUUGUUUUUAAUUUGUAAGUUUUUUAGAAUUUGUUUUGUAUUUUUAAGGCUACUCAAUUAGAUUGUUUCUAGUUGAGCUGGAAUUCAAAUGCACUGUUCUCAGGGCUGCCUGUGCUAGAAACUGAAGUGUCAUUAUUUUAAAGAUAGCUGCCUACAAAUUUAUUGCAAGUUUUUCCCAAGUCGUAAUACUGUAAUACAUACAAAUAAAACUUAGUAUAACAUAUUUAAGCUAUGUGGUAAGCAUUUUUUUUAAGUGGGAGCAUUAGUAGCAGCUGUACUGGAAUCUUGCUGUAGUUUUUGCUUCAGGGUAAAAUCCCAGGGGUCUUACUGUGGAACCCUGUCCUUGGUGGUGUAUCUGAGAGCAUGUUUUUGGCACGGAUGCAAAAGAGAGUUUUGGAGCUAGACAUUGAUACAUUGGUUCUCAGACACAUUCAAGAACAGACAGGAAAUUCCUAACUCUUUUGGGUAUCUUACAAUGCUUACAUGCUGAAUUCACACUUGCUAUGAGGAAAUAUGGAUGUCUGGUAUAAGAUCAAAGCUAUUAAGGUGUAUUUCCAUAAACAGUAUAUUAUACUGAUAGGAACUUGUAAAUCUUCUAAUAUUUAAGUAUACUAUUGCAUAGUUCUCAAGACUUUUUUCUGUUAAGAUUUCGAAGAAGGCAACAAAGACCUUUUUUUUUUUAAAUCUAAGUGGACAAAUCUUAAAAUUGAAUCUAAUAACUUAAAUCUAUUAAAUGUGUUCUCUGAAUUGGACAAACAACAUUAUUAUUUGAUUGUAGAGAGAACAUUGGGACUUAGCUUACGGAGCACAGAUGUUCUAUGGAAACAGGGUUUAAGUCACUAUGUAAUUUAAUUUUUCCAUUAAUCCAAACACCAACAUAACUACCAAGUGAGGUCAUGCACCUGAAAAGAGCUGUAAAUAUUUAAUAAAUAUGUUUCUUCAUGUGGAGGACAUAUCUUAGGGUCGUGCACACAAGGUCAUUCUCUGCUGUAAACGUCCUUACUGCCAAACUUCUCCAUUACUACUGUCCACACUUAAAACAGGCCUGGACCUAUAUUACAGUAACAAGGGAGAUUCUUUUAUGUAUAUGACAUUCUUAGAAACCAUUUCUAGAUGUUGGUGGGAUUUGGUUCAUCUUAGUUUGAAACUGUAGUUUUAAAAACACUGAAUAGUAAACUAUUCAGCAAUGGCUGAAGAGCCUAUGAGACGCUGUGGCUGUGCUAGUCCUUAAGCCGAUUCCUUAUUGUGGCUAAUCUACUACAAAUAAGCACUCAUCAUUAUUACAAAGACUACUUCACAUUACUAGCUCUAAACCAUGAUAAAACAAUGACAUUUCCCUAUUCUCAUGUACUGUUAUCCCCCUACCUAGAAGAAAACAGAUAAAUGGCAUUGUCUAAUCCAUUGGCACUUUGUUAGUAUUAUUUUCGUCUUAAAUAUAGGACACGUCUUGAAUUUACUUGCAAACGUUUUGUUAAAACUUUAAAAUUGUAAGAUCUGAAUAUUAUAAUUGUGCUUUUUACAUUUUAAAAGUAAGUAAACUUUAAAUGUUAAAUCUCUGGCUAUACUAAAAUAUCCUUAUCAAUGAUAACAUUUUGUUACCUUAAAAUAUACAUCUGUUAACUUCGUGUUACAUUAAAUGAAAAUAAACUUAAC